AUGAGUAAGACAACAUCUCCUUUAAGUUGUCGAUUUAUGUUACGACGAACACCUCGACGUAAACUUGUUUUUUCUUCAAGUGAUGAUGAAACAGAUGAUAGUCCACAAUCGACAUGUUCAGUGCAUAUCCAACGAGAAGAACAUCAUUCGAUUAUUCAUGAUGAACAGUUGUCGACAAAGUCAGAAAUAACAACAAGUAUUGUAACACGGUCGAAACUAGAACAUUAUGGCUUUAGUAUGCUUACUCGGCCAAGAUCAUUACGUUUAAAUAAACGUCAAUCAUUAGCUAUACUGAAUCAAAAUAAAAAAAUUCGUUCAUAUGAACCAUGUCAUUCAAUGCAAACAAGAUCUCAAUCAUCAUCGGACUCUCACUCAGAUCAUCUUGUUAAUUUAUUUGAUAAAACUCUUUCGACAGUGACACCAAAUCCUGUUCGUAAUCGACAACGACGUUGUAAACCAUUACCUCUCUGUUUAUCGGAUAAUGAAAAAAAUAUGCCAGUUUUAACGGUUAUUACUACAGAAGAAAAUUCGAAUACAAAUAAACGAAGUUAUGAUGACGAUGAAAACAGUGAAAAUUGUCGUUCAAUAAAACGCAGUAAAAUCUAUGAUGAAAAUGAUAAAGAAAAUAAUUUAUUUAUCAAACGUUCUCGGCGUGGUAUUGGUUUAAUUCGAAGUUUCACUGAACCAAAUGAAGAACAAAUAAAAGCAUCCGUUGAACUUGGUACUAAUCGAGAUUUAAUUGGUGAUCGUACACGUUCAUAUCUUUUACCAAGAUGUCAAAGUCGUAAACAUCCAGAUCUUGCUUGUAUAAGUCCUGAAACGAUGAUUGAUAUAUUACAAAAUGUUUAUGUAUCUGAAAUUGAAAAUCUACAUAUUAUUGAUUGUCGUUAUCCAUAUGAAUAUAAUGGUGGUCAUAUUCAAUCAGCAAAAAAUCUUUAUACACGUUCACAAAUUUAUAAUGAAUAUUUUCAUAAACCAUUAGAAUUAAAAGAUACAUUGAAAAGAAAUAUUUUUAUUUUUCAUUGUGAAUUUUCAUCUGAAAGAGCACCAACAUUAUUGCGGUUUUUUCGAUCAGAAGAUCGUACUAUACAUGAAAGAAGUUAUCCACAAUUACAUUAUCCUGAAAUUUAUUUACUUGAAGGUGGUUAUAAAGCAUUUUAUGAAUAUUCUAAGCAAUUUUGUAUACCAAAUCAAUAUCGAACAAUGAAUGAUGUUGAUUAUCAAGAAGAAUAUCGACAAUAUCGUUUUGAAACAAAACAAUUUGAUAAAUUUACAAGUGCAAAUGAAAGAAUUAAUGGUGGACGACGAACACGUGGAUUAACAUUUCGUUCAUUUUCUUCACAACUAAAUCAAUGUCGUUCAUCAAAUAUUCGAUAUGAUCUUCGAUAUAUGGAAUCUCCUCCAUCAGAAAAUUAA